AGGCAGAAUGUAAAUGGUUCCUGCAGGCAAAGAAGUUUCUUUAUUUUGCAUUGUAAUCUUUCUGAUUUGUUUCAUUGCUGUUUCAUUAGGUUUUCAUGUGGAUCUUCAAAGCCUAAAUGUGGUUUCAUAUUUAUCACGUAUAUGCAGCCAUCCUCAUGUUUCCUUGUUCUUUUUUUGACCCUUUGCUGUUUUGUGUAUGAGAUCUACAAUCCUAGGCACUCGAACUAUAGGCCUAUGGUUUUGUGCUGAAGCGAUGACCACAACCAGGCCGUUCUAUUAUUCAGCCAACGCAGCUGAGCAAAACACUAACAUUCCCAUAGCGUGGGUGCACUAAUGUCUGCAGCAAAACUCUUCAACAGUGAUUUUUUUUUUACAGCCUACACAGAAGCUGAUGUUAUUAGAUGAAUGACUCUGCUUUACUUUCCAAGUUAUCUUCAGCAGUACAGCUCAGCUUUUCUCAAUAUGCUUCAUAUCCUUGCAUGAUGUGAAAACAUGACAGUGUGUUUUGUCUGUGGUCUUUGGAUCAUAGUCACAGAGUUGGAGAAGGAGUGGUUGUUUUUUGGAAUGUUCCAUAGAUGAAGACCAAAUACUGUUAUAUUUCACACAUGGCACUCCGCACCACCAUUGUGAUAUCACUGGGAUCCUCACCCACAAAACACAAACAUAAUAGUUAUUAUUAUUAUUAUUAUUAUGACAAAAGAAAGAGAAAUGAGACAAGAGAGCAGAUAUACAAAAUAUGGGCUUAUUAGUCUUGUGUAAUAAAUGAGUAAGAUAUUUCUCCUUACAUGUACAGUGGGGUCCAAAAGUGUGAGAGCACUAGAGAAAAUGCUUCUAUUUUGCAUUCUUUUCUAAUUUAACACAACAAUUUUCAUUACAAAUUAUAUUACUGACAACAACUUGAGUGAAAAGUAGAAUCUUUGAAAUAUUUACAUGAACUUCAGAGUUUCUUAGUAUUUGGUAUGUCCCCUUUUUUGCUUUAAUGACAGUGUGCACUCGAGUAGGCAUGGUCUUCACAAGUUUGUAUAAAACCUUCUGAUCCAUUUUAGAUCAAAUCUAUCAGAGUGUUGUCUGAACACAUGCUUCAAUAGAAGAGAUUAGGCAUGAGGAAAAUCUGAACUUUUGUACAAAGCAGUUAACAUGGUCAGUAUCACUUUUUUUUUUACAUUUAAAUAGGGACCUAGAAAUAGUGCAGAAUCUUGAAUGUUAAAUAUUCAAGAUAUUCAACAUUUAUUUUCUUUGUCUUACAUAUUUAAAAAUUCUCAAACCUUCUAUUUAUUAUUUCCAAUUUUAAAUAAAAAAAUCCCAGACUUUCCCAAGUGGUCCCCACUGUAUGCAUUAAAAGAUUUGAGUUUUUGUUGGAGGUUCAUAGAGUUAUAGAUGUGUGUAAGUAUGUGUGUACUGGCUUUCAGACCUUAAUAAAUCAAGCUCUUUUGGUCCAGGACAUCUGAGUAGGCUUACAUACAGUUUGGUACCCAAGUUCUCUACAAAAGUGGAACGCUCCUUCAAACCUUGAUUUGCUAUAUUAAUUCUUUCUAGGUCAUACUCCUGUGUAUUUUUCUGAGCCGAUUUCAUGAAAUGGCCAAAUGCUUGAGGUUUAAAGUGGAAAAGCUUUUGUCAUUUCUCCAAGUGUGAAAUCUGAGAGCAGUAAGAGUUUUCCUGGAAUGGGAGACGGCUGUUUCAUGGACCUAAUGCCCUUCUGGUGGUCAGGCGAGCUGGAAAGUGUGGUUAUGAGAACAUCAUACUGGUGUUCACCAGGAGAAAAGCAGCUUCAGGAGAGAAAGAAAGACAGAGACAAAGAAACAGACUAAAAGAGAACUGCCCAAACAGGGAUGGAAAAAGUGUCAUGUAAGCAUGGUAUUUGUUGGAUUGCCAGAUAAGAUCGAAUUCAAUGACUGUCCAACUUAUUUCACCAGUUUACACAGCAAUUUCAUGCUAAACUAAAGUGGCCAAAACGAUGACUUAAAUAAGGUUAAUAAUCACAUUUAGCCACUUCUUGAUUGCAGUACGUGUUUUACUAGAACAGAAACCUGAUAAUACUUUAUGUUUACAGAAACAAUUCCAUCAUUUAAUAUUUAUCCUUAGCUUACUUCACUUACUUCCUGGGUCCAAGCACAAAGUGGAAGCCCUGUUGGAAUUGCGAUUGGGUUCAAAGACUGUAAGGUGUAGAAACUCGAAAUUUGACAAGAUCUUGCAGACUCCUCUCUGUUACUCAACAAAAUAAGGGGACCCACACUGAUCUGAUGGUGGAGUUAAAGCGUACACUGAUUAACAUUGUCCUAUAUGUUGAGAACCGUGAGUUGUACAGAUAGAAUUCUUUUUCCUCUGGGAAGACUGACUGAAUGAACAUUUGCUGACCAAGAACCUUGAUCUGGUCUGGAAAGGACAAUUCCUAGAAAUUAGUACACUGUGCUUAACUAUGUGUUUCCAGGGUGUCCUGCUGUUGUUUUGUUUUAGAUAUCACACAUGACACUGACUGCUUCUCAUGCUCUUGAAUAUCUGGAGUCAUCAUAUCUCUGCAACAUAGAAUAGAACACACCCUGGAUAAUCAAGCAUGGGAGGGUUUGACCAGUACUGACUUCUACUCGUGUGUUAUUACAAGGAACACUUUCCUUCAGAGAUGUCUGGAAGUGGCUUGUUGUCUUCUGCUGUUGUGUUCUGAGCAAAUAUUUGGUGACUUGCCACAUGUAGGUACAUAGUAAAGAAGUACUACAAAGCUGAUAGGGCAUUUCACAUACAUGAGCAAGAGGAUAAAACAUGACAGAUCAAGCGUGUUUGUGAGUAUAAUGCCGAAGUCAUUUCUCCAGUUUCCUCCUAAAUCAACGUGACAUACACUUUUGCACUGACCUGAGGGAGAGAGGCUUUUCUUACAGUGGGAGGAGAAAGUACUCUGAAGUAGAGCGAGUGACUGAAAAGAAUGAAAAGAGGGAGCAUGGAAAGAGGGAGGGAGCAUUAGGGAGAGCGAAAGAGUAAGAGAGAGGGAGAGUUGCAAGAGUUUUAGAUGCAGGGAAAACCACUUCAACUUCAUUCUCCGAGCAUGUAGCCGAAUGGACAUGUUUAUUUAUGCUGGGUGUCUGAAGAAGCACUGAGGACACACACACACACACACACACACACACACACAUGGAGCCACCUUUAACUCUGCAUGCUCCAACAACAGCGGCAUCAGAUAGUGAGCGAGGUGGAAUGGAGCGGCAUGGCUUUGGAAGCAUUCAUAGUUUGGAAAGUAACAGCAGCCUGCCCAGUGUCACCAACCAUCACACUCUCUCAGAACGCCGUGUAGCAGCAUGGGCCGUCUCCUUUGAGCGUUUGCUCCAGGAUCCUGUUGGUGUGCGCUACUUCUCUGAGUUUCUGAAAAAGGAGUUUAGUGAAGAAAAUAUUUUAUUCUGGCAGGCCUGUGAAUUCUUCAGCCAGGUUCCUGAACAUGACAAGAAACAGCUUUCCCAGAAGGCCAGAGAAAUCUACAAUAGCUUCCUCUCCAGUAAGGCCACUACUCCAGUGAACAUUGACAGCCAGGCACAACUUGCAGAUGAUGUCCUCACGGCACCAAGGCCUGAUAUGUUCAAGCAGCCACAGCUACAGAUCUUUAACCUGAUGAAGUUUGACAGUUAUGCUCGGUUUCUGAAAUCCUCACUGUAUCAGGAGUGUAUGUUGGCUGAAGUGGAGGGUCGACCUCUCCCUGACCCUUACCAUGUGCCCUGUAGCCCCGCCCCUUCUAAGCACAGCGUUAUCUCAGAGCGCUCCAAUUUCUCCACACCAAAAAAGGAAACUCGGAAGCCUAGGACAGGCAGGUCGAGUGACGACCUAAGAGAUGACCCUGACAGGAGAAAUGGCAUUUUCUCCUGGUACAGAAACAGGAGCUUUGGUAAAGGUCCGAAGAAACGAGAAAUAACAGAUUUCAAUUAUAACAGUAAUGGACGGAGGGAGUCUCAGGGGUCUUUGUCUUCUGGUGCCAGUCAGGAGUUCAACACACCCUGCUCCACAUUGAGAAAUGAGCAGAGGAACUCCACAUGGGAGAAGGACAAAAUAGGGCCGAGUAGGUCAUGCACAGUAGCACUCCCCGAUGGCUCGAGCUGCUGUGUGUGUCUGAAGCAGGGUGCUUCCAUCAGACAAGUGCUGCUGGAGCUCUGCCAGAAACAAAGCAUCAACAUGGCUGCUGUUGAUCUCUUUCUUGUUGGGGGAGAGAAGCCGCUGGUGUUGGACCAAGACAGCAUGACUCUCAGUUCAAGAGACCUACGAAUGGAGAAGCGUACUCUGUUCAGAUUGGAUCUGGUGCCUAUUAACAGAUCUGUGGGCUUGAAAGCCAAGCCGACCAAACCCGUAGCUGAGGUGCUGCGGCCUGUGGUUGCCAAGUACGGCCUGCGCCUUAACGACCUGGUGGCUAGAAUAAGUGGAGAGACUGAGCCUCUUGAUUUAGGACUGCCCAUAUCGAACCUUGACGGCUUGCGAGUUGUCCUAGAGUGCUCUGAACCAAGCUCUUCACAUGCAGACAAGUCUAAGACACUUCCCUCCAAAGCACAGGGACCAUCAUUGACCAGCAGGGGGCAGUCAACACCGGGAGAUCACAGACCAUCAGAGAAACCUGUGAAAGGGGAGGGAAGAGACAAACCCCCAAUCAGUGAGACACCCCAAAAAAAGAAAGGCAACAAGAUUCAUCUGGAUGAUGCUGAAGAGUUCUUUGAGCUGCUGAGUCGUGCUCAGAGCAGCCGUGCUGAUGAUCAGAGAGGCCUGCUGAGAAAAGAGGACCUGGUGCUCCCUGACUUUCUGCGUCUGAAGCCUGAGCCCAGUGCACCUCCAUCCUGUUCCACUCCCACCUCCCAAAAACAUGUUCAUGUCUCCAACCAGCCCGCAUCUGUCACCUCCAAUGGACACAACUCCAAAGCUGGAGACAAGACAGACCUGUUCUCCCCGUCCCUCUCCCCCAUUCUCCAUCCACAAGGCCCCCCAGGGCAGGAUGGAGAGGGACUGUGUGACCUCACCCUGGUGGGUGAGGGAGACAUCAGCAGCCCUAACUCUACUCUACUGCCCCCUGUGCCAACCUUCCCACCCCCUCACGAUGCCAACAUCACCCCUCCACUGCCGCCUUCCGCCCACAGAAACCCCAGCUCAGGUGCAGUAGAUGAAAGCGAGUCUCGAGUGAGCCACCAGCAGGGAGAAACAUCAGCACAGAAAGAUUCACCGUCUUUUGAGCAAAGGACAGAUGUGGAAGACAUCCCUCUGGAUGAGAGCUUUGAGGGCUACGCAGCUGAGCUUCGUCAGUGCCAGAGCAAAAUGAGGAAUGGAACUUAUUCUUCUGUCCAUCCUCCGCGUCCCCUCAACAACGUCUCACACAGCAGCCAAAAUAAUGCAGCACAAUACAAAGCUACAUUUGUAUGAAUGAUUUUUUUUUAAAUGUGCUAGAGCACAAAUGGUGUAAUUGUGUACAAAUGUAUUUUGUAAUGAUAAUAACUUAUUGAAUGAUUAAGUGAAAGCUGUGAUUUUACAUUUUAGUUACGGAUCGAAUAAAAAUAACCAUGAUGUAACCUCUUUGGAUAUUCAGUAGGCUCACUGAUGACGUUUUAGGUACAACCAGUGAAUAUGCUUCAAAUAUUAAAGGCAAUCAGUGAAUGAAUAUUUG